ACUUCAGCAGGUUGAUCGAGUCUUUCUCCACGGAAAAUUCUGGAAAUGAAGAUGUUGGACGUCCACUUGGCCACUACGGAGUUGUACAACCGCUACAGGAAAACGGAAAUGGGGAAGCAGCUGAUAGCGACAUUGGUGAGGAUGAAGGGAAUUUUGAGGAAGAUCGCGGAAGUGAAGGUGAAUUUGUACGACCAGCUUUUAUCAGCCUCAUCGGGGAAGAAUAAUUCGAAACGUUAGCAGACGAGUACUCAAUUUUCUUUGCGAUGAUUCGUGUUACUUUUUUUAUCCUCGCCAGGGUAACUUGGAGUAUCAUUUGUAGCGCAACCAUCUCUUUCAUUUGUAGACUUGCCAUCGUUCUUUCGACCGUUUUUUGUUGCAACAUACAUUCACUCGAACUCUCGUUCGUCACUUCCAUCAAUCUUUCGCUCCCCCGCCAAUCCCAUUCAUCUCCAACAGGUUUAGUCACGCUGAGAUCCGUCAUCGAGUCACUUGGUUCUUGCCCAACACCUGUCGUGGCAAUGGUACGCCUAAUAACUGAUGCGUCAAUUGAUUCGUUGGUUGUGCUUGACAUAUCUGGACGAAGUUUCAGGCAAAGGUACCACUGAUACCGAGAAUAAUAAGCUGCGUUCAACUUGAUCAAUUAAAGGCGCGAUCUUGAUACCUCCAAAUCUAAA